UCUAAGGCCUAGCAACCAUUCCAGACACCGUAAGUGUAAUAAGUCGCAAGAUACCCAGAGUAAGAAUGAAUGUAAUAUCACAAUGAUUAAAUACGGGGGCCAUUUAUUGUAAAUGUGGCCAUUCUCUCCCCCUCCCCCGACAACAACAGCGCCUUAAAGAGCGGAAUGCUCCCAGGAACCGGGAAUAGAAGCUUGCUUGCUGCAGGUUGACAAAUAUUUUUUCCUUCGCGAGCCGUUGAGAGGCCAUUGCGCAUUCCCUGGACUUAUUUCUCCACACGACUAAUGUUCUUCUCACUCUUGCAACACACAUUUUCCUUCGACUCUCCACCUCCAUUCUCUAUCCGCAAAUGACAGAUACACCAGCUACGCAGCCCAGGCCUUCUCCUCCUCCCCUUGUAUCUGCCACAGAUCCUCAGACCUCGGUUUCUACUCCAGUGGAAGCCAAGGCUCGUUUAAGGGUGGAACCUAAUGACAUUUUUCUGCGCGACGCCAUCAACCGCGCGUGGCUCAUGCGGGGUGUCAAUCUAAGCGGCUGCUGCAAGUUCCCCAAAUAUCCCGUCCCUGUUCCCUCGCACGUCGGCGGAGACGCUUUUUUGAAAAGGCGUAACCAGAGGGAUGAUUCAACCACGAUCGAGGCAUCGACUGGGAAUCGCAACAAGGAUGACAUUGGGCAGCAUGAGCAACGGAAUGAGAGUGACAAUCCCACCACUACGACAGAGGCCGCCGCCGUCAGGGCUGAGCCGACUGCUGACGACCUCAUCUCUUUUGUGGGGAGACCGUUUGAGUUAGAGGAGGCGGACGAACACCUCGCACGGCUGAGACAUUGGGGCUUUAGGAUGAUCCGUUGGGUCGUUACUUGGGAGGCCGUUGAGCACCAAGGACCUGGGAGAUAUGACGAAGACUUCCUCGAUUACACUGUAAAAGCCCUGCUCAAGGCCAAAGAAUAUGGAUUCAAGGUCAUGAUAGACUUUCACCAGGACGUGUGGUCAAGGUUCUCGGGAGGCUCAGGGGCCCCUCUUUGGACAUUCUACGCAGCCGGUCUGGACCCCCACAACUUCGCUGCCACGGGUGCCGCUGUCGUCCACAACACCCUCCAAGACAACGAGCCCUUACUGCGAAUGGUCUGGCUGACAAACUACUACAAGUUAGCCUGUGCCUCCAUGUUCACACUCUUUUACGCGGGCAAGAUCCUGGCCCCCAAAUGUAUGUUUGACCAAGGCGUCAACAUCCAGGACUAUCUCCAGUCGCACUUUUUGGGCGCAAUUCAGGCGUUGGUCGACAGGAUUCAUGAAUGUAAAGACGCCGAGGGAGCCCCGCUGUUGGAGGACCAUGUUGUGCUCGGGUACGAUUCCUGGAACGAACCGUCGAAUGGAUGGAUUGGACUCGGGAGACUGGAUAUGUUGCCGGAUCAGCAUGAUAUGCGACAGGGAGAUAUGCCCACGCCACUGCAGUCGCUCAUGUUAGGCGAGGGACUUGUCGUGGAAGAUGUAGCGACCUAUAAGCUCGAACUCGUAGGACCUGUUAAAUCUGGAUCGAGAACUAUCAACCCAUCUGCGCAUCUCUCAUCGCAUGGACGGCCGACCAAGGCGUGGCUGAGCCCUGAGCUACGGGAUGAGCUGGAUCGUCAGUAUGGCAUUCGCCGGGAUCCUGGAUUUCCCAAGGCGGGAGAGUGUCUGUGGGCACAGCAUGGCGUGUGGUCGAUCAAGGAGCGGAAAAUACUGCAGCAAGAUUACUUUGCCAGAGGACCAGAGUCAUCCUUGCCGACUGCUCAACAGCGGGACCUGAUUCAAUGGGUACCGGAUCACUGGCUGCCCUUUGCGAGGCGUGUUACUGAAAUAGUUCGGAAGGUGCAUCCUACAGCUAUUCUGUUUCUGGAACCGCCGGUUUAUGUCCCUCCUCCCGACCUUACCCAUUUGACAUCUAAAAGCGACAAGGCAUCGGAUGAUGAAUUGAUAACCAACAUGGUCUAUGCUCCACACCAUUACGACGACCUUGUGCUGUUGACGAAGCGGUACCUGGGCUGGAUCAACAUCGAUCUGUUGGGUCUAAGCCGUGGGCGACACAAGAACCUUUUCCGAUCAAUUGUUCUCGGCAAGAAAGCUACGGAAACCCUGUUUGGGAAGCAGAUAGGCGAGAUACAAAAGGAGUGCUAUGAACGGCUUGGUAAAAGACCAGUUCUGAUAGGAGAGACUGGGCUACACUUUGAUGUUGGACUCGAUAAGGCACGGCAAGCCGGGAGCAUCAAACGAAACGACAGUACUAGCACCAAUAUCAGCAAAGUAACGCAGACGACGCCGCCUGCUGCCACAUCCAAGCAGUUUCAGCAGGCCUUUGACAACAUCCUCAACGGUCUAGACAAGACAAUGGCCCACUACACUCUUUGGAACUACACCAUCGGAAAUGAUGCUUCUUUUGGUGAUGGCUGGAACGGCGAAAAUCUCAGUCUCUACUGCUCGAACUCCGCAUACGUUGAGCGCAAAGACGGUCAUAAACUAGAUCGAGGUGGGCGUGCCAUCGAGCAGUUCUGUCGCCCGUACCCAAUUGCAACCGUGGGGCAACCCACUGAGAUAUCGUUCGACCGACAUAAAAAGGUGUUUAAGCUGCGAACGAAAUUCGGAAUUGAGGAAUAUCAGGCUGCAGUCAAGGAUACGGAUGCCGCAAUGACGGAGGUUUAUGUUCCUGCAUACCAUUUCCCUGGUGGGCCAAAGAACUUUGCUGUGACAUUGAGCGAUGGACUAUGGGAAUGGAAAACGGAGCAGCAGAUUCUGUUGUGGGUGUACAGCAAGAACAGCGACAUUCCAGACCACUGGAUUGAGAUACGGAAAAGGCGACGAUGAUGCGAUAGGUAUUUUUUAUUACGAGAAAAAGAC